UCUCAUACCCGCGCACUCACUCAACUCCGUUUCGCCAGCAUGUCGGACACAGGCCCACCUGUCCCAGACAUGAAGAUCCUCACGGCAGAUGAAUUCCCGGCGCAUAUGAAAUCACAGCGAACAGUAGCCAGGUACAACUCAAGCACAGAAGCGAAGCCCGAGCACCCGUUUUGGGCGCUACCAGAAGUGGGCAUAGACUCUACACUGAACAGCAUCUCUGAACAAUUGGCCAAGAUACUGGAAGGCAUCCCAACGGGUGACCGAGAGCUUGAACACCUCAAAAAAACAAUAUACACCAUUGCACAGAUCAAGCGCAGUCCGGCCAUAACCAUUGGCCUCGUUGGCGAACAGGGUGCUGGAAAGUCCAUGACCAUCAAUGCUGUCUUCGACACGGAUGGCAUUUCGUGGAGCGGAGCGGAUGGGGUAGCUUGCACGAGCGCCGUGGUCAAAUACUCAUAUUACACCCCCAGCUCGACAUCUGAAACCCGCGAGCGAUUUUGUGCCGAUGUGAAGUUUCUCAGCGAAGAGAAAAUUGAGGCUAUGAUCCGCGAACAAGUCAAGUAUCUCAAACGGUAUCAUGACGAUGCAGACGACUCAGAUGAUGAAGAGCCUCGAGGUCCCCAGUCAUACGACCAGGACGAGGUAGAUAAGCGCCUCUGCAAGACGGCAACAGACAUCUUCAAAGUUCUUUUUGGGUCAGAGAAGGCCUUUCUUCGCCAAUGGACAUCUCAGCCGACCGAUGAAUUCGUAUAUGAAUGCAAGAUCAGGUGCAAGGAGGCCAUGCGGAGCUGUCAUGUUGCAGAUGGGUCAGACACUUGCACAAGGUUUGCCAAUUGUCCGCGUGACCUUAUGUCCAGGAUCCGACAUUUCCUGGCCGAUGUCAAAGGGGUUCAAUGCCUUUGGCCAUUGGUCGACCACGUCAAUAUUCGCUUCGAUCACGAACUGCUCAAGUACGGUCUCGUGCUUAUAGACGUCCCUGGCUCUGGGGACACCAACAUGGCUAGGGCCCGCCACAUUGAAGAGAUCAAAGAUAUCGCGGAUGUAGUGUUCGUCUUCGCAGACACGCUUCGCAUUGGCAGCGACCAUGCCGCUUUAGGCACGGUGCGGGCUUGCAGCCUCAAUCGUGGUCGCAAGAACGUCAAAUUUGUAGCCACUAAGAUUGAUGCCCUCCUGAAAAAUGAUCUGGAGAAUGCCAAGGGUGCAGAGUUCGAUCAUAUCCGGCGUCAUAUACAGAAGGCCGGGGACGAGGCUAGAGCCGCAGAAGAUGACGGUGAAGAUGCCAAAGUGCUCUUGAUCGGACAAUAUGCGACCUAUCUGGAGAGACAGCUUCUGCUAUACUUUGUCAAUGGUCGUGCAAGAAACCUCUCAAACACUAUCCGGGCUGAACUCAAUGACCGCGGUGCCGACGAGAGCGUCAAAAUCUUCCACAUAUCGGCAUCAAAUUAUCUUGAGUGGCAGGCCAAGCCGAUGAUUCGUUUUCGCGAUCAGCCUCCACUGCCUCCCUCGAGCACUGGCAUUCCAGAAAUUCGACGAUAUUUAUACAGUCUUGUGGCACCGAAAAACCUCUCUGAUGUAGCCCGGCACUUAAACAGCGUUGUUCCAAACUACUUCGGAAAAAUUGAGCGAGUCAUCAAUGAGUCCGAUCGCAAUGCGGAUUUUGGGAGCCUAGCCCGAGAAUUUGACCAGGUUACGGAUAGCUUGAUCGAUGAUCUGCUGUCUCAAGCCAAGCAGAUGUUCGAGAAGAUAUUGAAAGAGACUCUUGCUAAACUUCUUCCGGAUACGGCCGGAUUAAAGAAGCAGAUUGACGAAAAGUUGCGCGGGCUAUGCAAGCUCAAUGGUCGGACCUUGAACAAAAUCAUGAAGUUCCGAGGUACUCUACCUCCGAGAGCGUCACAGGCCAAAGGGCUCGAGAAAGGAUGCUCGUACAACCGCGACUUUUCUAACAUCCUGGCGCCUGCGUUUCUCAAAUGGGCUUAUGCAUAUGCAGUUCGGAUUCAGCCGAUGAGACAGGCACUCAUCGACCUUACCGCGUUGAUUGCUCGGGCUGUCUUACACUUACUGGAUGUAUCGUCAGCCAAUGUGAUGGUCGUCGAAAAAGCAAAGAGGAAAUGGAUCCAAUACCGCAUCAGCUUGAAGGCUAAGAUGGAAGCCUUCAUGGAUACCUUCGAGCAAUCUCACAAGAAGGCCCUUGUUCGCGCAACAAUGGAGGAAGAUCGGCAGAACUGUUUAGUGGCUGCGAUCACAGAUGCUCAUUUCGAUGCAGUGUUUGCGGCCGAACCUGCUCUUAAACCAGGUUGCCAUCCAGCAAAGCCGAAAUAUGUCGAAUCGAAAGGAAAGUUCCAACAAAGGAUGCUUCUGGAGUGCUUUUCAGACCCUAAUAGCCAUUUUGUCGACCAUGUGUUCAAAUUGUUCCACGAUGAACGCCGCAGAGACACCAACAUCCUCCUGGACGGUCUUUUCAGAAACAUCUGUGAUUCUUUGGAGGCGUACAGCUCUUCCCUGAAGGACGAAUCAACUAUCAGCUACCAGGUGGAGCGGGGCGGUCUUGACAUCCGAGCGAACCUCGAGCAAGCUUUUCCGGACAUCAAAAAGGAGGUAGCUCGCCUUCAGGGCCUACUCACAGAACAGACUAAGGCCGAAGAACAAUCUGCUGCUUAUCUGCCCGAUCUUGAAGGCGCGCAAACUCUUGCGCAAAUCUACGCCCGCUUAAGCAGGAAGAGGAAACAGGGUGCUCAAGACGGCACAAAGGCGAAAAUCAAGAAGGAGAGAGUAUGAGAAUGGAUUUUCCUGGUUUACACUAUCCAGGUUGAGGCAGAGGCUGAGGGCAGAGGCUGAGAAACGUCCCAACUAAGUGAGAAAGAAAAAAAUCUCUGUGGUUCCUGACUGAGCUUGCACCACGAUCUGAAUACCCUGCAUUUACCCCCAGAUCGCCGCUUGCAUCGGUCGAUCAUGGCUUUGUGUUCAUGGUUCACUGCGUUAUGUACCCAAUAUCCAAUGUACACGGUAU